AUGAAAGAUCCUCGAUUCACUAGAUUUCGUUAUGGAUUUCCUGCUGGAAUAUACGCAUCGUCUAUUAUUCCGACUACUAUAUGGUUUCACCAUUGGGAUGUCCAUCCUGACGGUACCCUUCGGGUACUAAAUUUUGGUACAUUACUUCCAAUCUCAAUAAAUUGGUUCCACAUUGUUAGUUCUUGUGACGAAAUCCAUUUUCCACGAUGUUCAUGGGCUCAUUUCGUCAACUUUGUGCAACCUCUUCAAUUUGAUUAUGAUUUGCUUGAAGCGUCUGGUGCUACGCCAGGAAUUUCUCAGGAAGAUAUGGUCCCCUAUAUGGCGGAUGGAUGUUGGCCUAUCAAAUCUGUUGAACAGGCUAGUCUCAUUUAUAUUUAUGUUGCUUGCACUGCAUACUGGAACACUCCUGGAUUCGACAGACAGCUUUGCCCAACUGGAUCUAGCUCAGAUCUGCAGAUCACUAUGCCCCCUCCUCCCGAGCGUAAGCUUAGCCAGAUUAAUGGAACCUUGGAUAAUGAUCAACUUGCCUCCAUAGCCUGGCCCUACAGCGAUUCGCCCUCUUCGUGUCAUCCUUGCGCUAGUGGUUUCUAUGCAGAAACUCUUGGCCAAUCCUUCUGUCUCCCAUGUCCACACUACCAUUACACUCCAAUCUAUGAAAGUAAAGUAGGCAGUGGUGGAGAGUGGAUUGAUCUUGCCUGUCCUCGUGUUGGCAGAGAUGCAAUUAUACUCCAAGACUUCUUCAUGGAGGCAUAUGUACCCCUUGGAAGCGAAAGAAAUUUGUUUCUACUUAAGGGUUUCUAUUGGGAUUCAAACGCUUUCUCAUGUGUCUCCGAGAACCGUUGUGAGAAACUAUGCCACCACAAUAAUACGGCAACUUGUUUGCAUGAUCCGAAAACACUUUCUUUAACCUGCGUCUGCCGACUUGGCUACAUGGGUCAUGAUUGCUCCGAUCUACUGGACGCCUGCUUAAUUGGUUCACAGGAAUAUGAUCCAGCAGAUGACUUUUCGUCAAAACCAAUUUUGCCAGCCGGAAAAGAGGCCUGUGGUUCAACCAACAAAUGUAUUCCACGUCUUGGAACCACUACUUACAUUUGUCAAUGCAGUGAGGGCUUUAAAAUGGAUCGAAAUCUGCCCUACGACAAUUGUGCAGCCAAAAAAGAUCCAUGCUCAAAUAAAAUUUGUGUUGAGGGAUGGUGUAUUUCUUCACAGGAUAGGAAACAGUCUAUUUGUGAAUGCGAAGACGGUUUCGGAGGAGAACAAUGUGAUGAACAAUUGGGUGGAUGGACUACAUGGUCAAGUUGGUCAUCCUGUGAACCAUUUUGUGGUGAUCAGCGCCUCAGACGUCGAAUCCGCGUAUGCGCAAGUGAGAGAGAGGAGGACUGUAUGGGACCUUUGGAACAGGUUGAGUCAUGUCCCGAUGCUGAGCCUUGUCCAGCGGCCCUAUCAAUGGAGGACCUCGAAUGGCAAGACUUCGCUGAAUGGUUCUGCCUCCUCCUCAUCAUUUCUCUGGCCUAUAUUCUGGCUCUUUUCUGCCUUCUCACAAUCAUUGCCGUCAUAAUACCCUCAACUAUAUCAAUGGAUUCCAUCGUCAAGAAAUCUCUUGAGGAACGUUUUGCUACUCCUCGUGUGCCUCUCAAAAGGCCAGAAUGUGUCCAUCAUUGCGGUGACCAUUAA